AUGUCUUGGCCCGAUAAUGCACGCUCUUUGAACCCAAACCACGACGUGGACACGACAACGACGACCAACAUGACUUCCCAACUCACCCUACGACCCAAAGGACACUUUGGACCUGGGUCUAUCGAGGUAGAACCGCCCGCACGGCCUGGCGAAGGCGGUGCGCGUCGCCUCGCGGUGGAGAGGGAAGCUCUCAUAGAGCGGCCUGCGAGUGGAAUUGACACGAUACCUGAUGUCAUUGCCUACGCAGCACAAACGCACGGCAAAGAGAAGGCUAUGGGCUGGCGGGACAUUAUCGACAUCCACGAGGAGAAGAAACUGGUCAAGAAAGUCAUUGACGGGAAGGAAGUCACGGAGGAGAAGACGUGGAAGUACUUCGAGCUCAGCGACUACAAGUAUAUCGACUACGUUGAGCUGGAGGGGGCCAUCAGUGAAGCGGCGAGAGGUUUGGUCGAGCUUGGUGUCGCCAAGGGCGAUGUGUUCGAUCUCUUCGCAGAAACGAGUCCGAAUUGGCAGAUCAUAAGUCAUGCCUGUUCGACGGUCUCAACCACCAUCGCCACGGCAUAUGAUACUCUAGGCGAAUCAGGUCUCAAACACUCGCUCAACGAGCCCAAAUGCGUGGGCAUCUUCACGAACCCUCCCCUGCUCAAAACUCUUCUCAAAGUCCUCCCAGAGACCCCUUCCGUUCGCCUCGUCAUCCAUGACGGCACCCCAGACGCCGCUCUCGUCUCCCAGAUUCGCUCUCUUCGCUCAGAUAACCCCAUCACCGUAAUGCAUAUCGACGCUGUCCGUGCCCUCGGACGGCCGCAGUCAACGUCCACACCCGCCGAUCGCAAGCCCACACGAGACACCCUCGCAUGCAUCAUGUACACGUCUGGCUCGACAGGCUCUCCGAAGGGCGUCUGCCUCACGCACGCGAACCUCAUCUCUGCUCUCGGCGCUAUCAACCCCAUAUUCGGACCCCACAUCGCACCUGGCUCGCGUUAUCUGGCCUAUCUUCCCCUCGCUCACGUCCUGGAAUACAUUGUCGAGCUGUACGCUGUGUACGUAGGCGCCACAUGUGGCUACGCACGUCCAAAGACGUUAACAGACGCAAGCGUGCGUGGGUGCAAGGGCGAUCUUCGUGCGUUCAAGCCUCAUAUCAUGCUCGGAGUGCCUGCCGUUUGGGAGACGAUGCGCAAGGGGGUUGUUGGAAGGGUGGAGAAAGCAGGUUGGGUGGCAAGCAAGGCGUUCUGGGGCGGACUGAGGUUGAAACGGUAUGCUGGCCCGUGGAUACCCGGUGUGGACUGGCUUGUGGACAACCUCUUCCUGGGAACGGUGAAGGAGGCAAUGGGUGGGGAGAUGCGGUUCGCUGUCAACGGCGGCGCUGCUAUCAGCCGCGAGACGCAGGACUUCUUCAACCUCGCGGUGAUGCCGUUGACUCAAGGUUAUGGGCUUACUGAAACGUGCGGAAUGUGCGCGCUCCUGCCGCCCGAGCUGCUCUCUGUUGGACCAGUCGGCGUCCCUGCCCCGUCGGUGGAGAUAAAGCUACUCGACUGUCCCGAGAUGGGCUAUUUUUCUUCGACGGACUUGUCCUCAACUUCUACAACAUCGCAUCUACCUCAAGGCGAAGUGUGCAUUCGCGGACCCUCGGUUACCUCGGGUUAUUUAAACCGACCAGACUUGAACGACGACGAAGAGAUCUUCACGAAGGACGGGUGGUUCAGGACAGGCGAUGUUGGUCAGUGGAAUGAAGAUGGAACAUUGAGCAUCAUCGAUCGUCUCAAGAACUUGGUGAAGAUGCAAAGUGGCGAGUACAUCGCUCUCGAGCGGCUCGAAUCUAUCUACAAGACCUGCAAGCUGGCCACCAACCUCUGCCUCUACGCCGAGUCUGACAUGCAACAGCCCAUCGCCAUCGUCUGCCCACGCGAAUCCACCCUGCGCCGAGCACUCAAGUCAAACGGCAACGGAAAGGCGAAACCUAACGGCACCGCGACACCACCCACCGCCACCGAGCCUAUUAAUAUACUUUUUGAGGCGUCUUCAAAGUCGGCCUUCGCGGAGCUAUGUGCCUCGCCUGCCGCUCGAAACGCAGUGCUUAAAGAGCUGCAAGCUAUCGCGAAGAAGCAAGGUCUUGCGCGAGCGGAGAUCCCGAGUGGGGUCGUGUUGAGUCCUGACGAGUGGACGAGCGCGAAUGGGAUGGUCACUGCGGCGGCGAAGGUGAACCAAGCGAAAGUGAGGAAUAGUGGAGCGGUGAAGGGCCCAUUAGAGGAAAUGAGAAAGCGCCAGAGUGGGAAUUAG